AUGUCUCAUGUCUCCACUACUGAUCAGCUUGCUGACGCUUUCACCAAACCCUUACCGCGUCCCCGUUUCCAUCUCCUUCGUUCCAAGAUCGAUGUCUUUAAUGGUGCCACUGUCUUGCAUGGGCGUUUUAUGGAAUCUCCUACUUCAAAGGAAAUCAGUUCAUCAACAACACAAUCUGCUCCAUCAACCACACAAUUGGCUCAUCCGUAUGAAAGUCAACUAUGA